AUGAAGUUCACCUCCGCUACUCUCCUCGCCCUUGCCGCCCUUGUCGUUGCCGACAACGCCGUUGUCUCUCAGAUCAACGAUGGCCAGAUCCAGGCUCCUCCCGCUGGUGGUGAGGGUGCCAAGCCCGCCCCUGCUCCUUCUGGAGCUGCCCCCGGUGCCCCCGGUGCUGGUGCUCCCGGCGCUGGUGCUCCCGGCGCUGGUGCCCCUGGCGCUGGCGAGGGUGCUAAGCCCUCUGGCGGUGCCCCCGGUGCCCCCGGCGCUGGUGCUCCCGGUGCUGGUGAGGGUGCUAAGCCUUCUGGCGGUGCCCCCGGUGCUGGCGCUCCUGGUGCUGGCGAGGGUGCUAAGCCCUCUGGUGGUGCCCCUGGUGCCCCCGGCGCUGGUGCUCCCGGUGCUGGUGAGGGUGCUAAGCCCUCUGGUGGUGCCCCCGGUGCCCCCGGCGCUGGUGAGGGUGCCAAGCCCUCCGGCUCUGCUCCCGGUGCUCCUGGCGCUGGUGAGGGUGCCAAGCCCUCCGGCUCUGCUCCCGGUGCUCCUGGCGCUGGUGAGGGUGCCAAGCCCUCUGGCUCUGCUCCCGGUGCUCCUGGUGCUGGUGAGGGUGCCAAGCCCUCUGGCUCUGCUCCCGGUGCUCCUGGAGCUGGUGCAGGUGCUAAGCCCUCCGCUGGAGGUGAGCACCCCGCUGCUGAGGCCACUGGUGUCGUCACUCAGAUCCACGACGGCCAGAUCCAGGCUCCCGAGCAGACCCAGCCCCCCGCUGCCGGCCCUGCCCAGGCUAACGGUGCUGCCACCCUCGGUGCCCAGAUCGUUGCCGGUGUUGUCGCCGCUGCCGGUGUCGCUCUCUUCUAA